UGGGUUGAUUACGCCAGGUAUAAAAAAAAAAAUCCCGAGCGAUCCACUUUGUAUGCCAGUUUACAGUUUGACCCCGUUGGAUUAGGUCCACCAAUCUAGAUGGGUGAUUAGAGUUCCACCAACAUUAUGACACCCAAACGAAAGCGUCGCGGACGCAGCGAGUCGCGGGCCAGGAGCAAAACCAAAGGACAGUCGGAGGCAGAGCACUUGCAACUGCUCGAGGAGCUGGAGUUGGCCGACAGUUGCUGCGAGAUCUGUCACUGCGACUGCUACAGCUCCCACAGCAGCAGCUCAGUGAGUGGCAGGGGCAUCCAGCGGCAGGAGAGCCUCAAGGAGUUGUUGCAACUGGACAAGGACAUUCAAGCCCUGGAGCAGCUGCAGCGCCGGGACAGUGCCAAGAGCAAAAGGAGUGCCAGCAGCCAACGUAACAGAAGUGCUUCCCGGUCUCCAACGGAUGGAAAGUCCUCCCACAGCAGGCGCGGAUCCGUCGACUGCCAGAAAAGAAGUACGGACUCCGGUAGGAGUCGCCGGUCAAAAAGUGCAGGUAGCCGCAGGAGUAAUUCCCCCGAAAAGCAGCAGCAGCAGAAAGUAGAACCCACUCCUCAGGUUCGCCGACGACGCGGUGCCCAAAGGGAUUGCAAGAUGCUUCAACAAUUUCUGGGUCCUUUGAACGACGCCCCCGCACUAUCCAUCAUCGGACGGGCCAAGUCCAAGUCGCACGAGAACAUGGUACCUUUGCAAAGCCAAACGCAGGCCAAGAAGAACUCGCUGUGCAACUCGAUGGCCAACCUGUGUCUGGCGCCCACGGUGCGAGCCGCUUUCCAGCAGGUGCCCAGUCAUGACCAGAAGAUUCUGAACCGCAUGGCGGGAAAGCGGAGCCAGCAGGCCGCCGACAAGGAGACCGCAUGGCUGGCCAGAAAGUUCUGGGAGAACGAACGACUGGAGCGACAGCUUCUGCGGGUUGAGCAGCUGGAGGCGUACAAGCAGGCGGUCCACGACAAACAGUUCCAGGACUUCCUGGUGACCAAGGCGCGGCUGCAGACCUUGGCUGAGCGGGAUCUGGCGGAACUGAAGCGAUUGCGUGGAGCGCUUGACGCCAAGGACGCCGCAGCCAAGAAGCGGCUGGAGGCCCGGCGACUGGAGCGGGACCUUAAUCUUUGCCAGCGACGGUGUGAGGAGUUGCGACGCAGUGAGGCCGUCACGGUCCAGCAGGAGGAGCAGCACCUGGACGAGACGCUGCGCAAGCGUGACAUCUGCAUGCGACUUACCCAACGGCUGCGUCGGGCGGACGAGUUGCGAGGCCAGCUUUUGGAGUCGUACCUGAAGCGGAUGCAGCACGACAACUAUCUGGAGCAGGUCCAUCACGAGGAGCACUGGCGGGAGCGACAGCAGGAGGAGCGGCUGCGCAGGGAUCAGCUACGUGGUGACAUCGAGCGCAAGAGGCACCAGUCCCAGCGCUUCGUCGAGUGUCGCCAGCGGCGCCAAGAUGAUCGCUUCCGUACCGCCAAGAUCUCGGCCAGUCUGCGGGAGCUGGUCCGCCAAUCGGUCACUCCCGAAGGCGCCAUCAGUGGAUCAGUGGGUCAGGAUACCCCAGCCCUUAACGUGUAUGCCCAGCAACAACUGCAGUUGGGACGUCUGCUCUUUGAUCAAACCUCAAGGGAAUGA